AUGGAUGCACCAGAAAUGAACGAUACAGUGGGCGAAGCGUUUGCAACUGUGUUUGAAAACACUCCGUACUUUUUGGAAUGGGCCCUCCUGUUUCCCGACACCAUACAACAAGCGCUCACUGUCGAUUCGAGCCGGAUCGAUCUGAUUCGUUGGGCAAUCGAGCUGACCCGGUCUUCCGGUUUGCUUCCCGAGGACGACUUGCGUAUGUUUGCCGAUGCCGAACAGGAACUGAAUUUUGUCCCACGUAAACCGACUUAUCAAAAUCCGUACGCCACUCUACAGGUUAGUGAGGUCAAGUUCACAGCUUAG